AUGAAGGGCAUCAAGAUUACACAAUACGUAAAGGGCCCCGACGAGCUCGUCGUCGAGUCGCUUCCCGAUGCCCAGGCCGCGCCGGACCAGUACGUCAUCGCCGUCCACGCGGCCGCCGCCAACUUUUUCGACAUUCUCCAGAUCCAGGGGAAGUACCAGAAUCAGCCUCCCUUCCCGUGGAUCGCCGGUGCCGAAUUUGCCGGGGUUGUGCUGGCGACACCCAGCGCCAGUUCCGUUCUAAAACCGCGCUUUGCAGUUGGUGACCGCGUCUUUGGUGCCAGCCAGGGCGCCUAUGCCACCAAGGUUGUUGCCACGGAGGGCCAGCUGCAGCCCGUCCCCGCCGGCUGGUCCUUUACGGAAGCCGCCGGCCUGUUUGUCACGGCGCCCACGAGCUAUGCGGCACUUGUGCUACGCGCUGGUGUCAAGCAGGGUGACUAUGUGUUGGUCCACGCUGCCGCCGGCGGUGUCGGACUGGCAGCCGUGCAGAUCGCCAAGGCGUUCGGCGCCAAGGUCAUUGCCACCGCUGGCACGGAGCACAAACUUGCGGUCGCCCGCGCGUUCGGCGCCGACCACGCCAUCAACUACAAGACCGACACCAACUGGCCCGAGACGGUCAAGAAGCUGACGGGCGGCCGCGGCGUCGACAUUGUCUACGAUCCUGUAGGCAUGGCCGACCUCAGCACGAAGUGCACGGCGUGGAACGGGCGCAUCCUGAUUGUGGGCUUUGCGGCCGGCAAGAUUGAAAAGCUGGCCAUGAACAAGGUCUUGCUGAAGAACAUUAGCAUUGUGGGCAUCCACUGGGGUGCCUACAGCCUAAAAGAGAGCGAGGCGAUCCCGGCCGUGUGGGAGGGCCUGCGGCGGCUGAUUGACCGGGGCGCGUUCCGGCCGACAGUGUUUACCGACGGCGAGCCGUUUUCGGGCCUGGACCGUGUGCCGGCGACGCUCAAGGCGCUCGGCGGCCGUGAGACCUGGGGCAAGGUUGUUGUCGCCGUACCGCAGGAGGUUGAGAGCAAACUGUAG